AUGGAACACACACAACCGUGGAAUUACUCCAUGCCGGAGACAACAUACAACCCGGCCUCGAUGAGUGUCUCCUCAUACUUUACUCGACCCAACAAAGUCGUCAAACCAAGCAGUCGCAAUAGCAGCCCUCGGAAUUUAGGACGGAGGAAAACCACAACCUCUGCCACGCUCUCGUCAAGAACCCGAUCGGCCGUCGACCAUUUUCGCUCCAGAAGUCAGCAACAACCAAACCUCGACACCUCUCUUACACGACCUGUCAGCUGGCAUCCUGGUUCUCUCGACGCCCUCCAGAUCCCUUCCGAAUUCUGCUCGCCUGAGUUUGCUCCAUCGUCAUGGAAUUUCACAACUACCCAGGUCAAUGGACUCAUUACCCCAAUAUCACACCCUGCUAUGAACGAGCCGCAAAUUCAGGAAAUCAUGACCCCGCUUGACGAGUUUUGUACUGGAAACACUGGCUUUGGAUGUGGCAGUGAAGGUUUCCUUGAUCAAACCUGGCACGAUGACGAGCAGUCCAAGUUUAACCAAUAUACCUUUCCGACGUUUGAUGUUCCGUCUUUUUCCAAUCAGCCAACAAUGGGCACUGCUGUCGUAACUGCACCACCGUCGCCAGACUACCCGACCGCGUCAGACCUCCACCUGGACGAUCUAUCUCUGGCAGCGAGUGGUGCAAGGGCACGAGACAAUCGUGAAGAAUUGGUCGGCAUGGGCCUCUAUGAUUCUCCAGCCCAGGUGCAGUCGACAUCAUUGCUUUUUGGGAACUUUGGUGGAUCUGGGCAAACAUCACUUAAACUUGCCGAAUCGUUUGAGCCGGUAGCAUGGAAUCCAGAUGCCGACCAAGAUGGAGAAGCAGAUGAAGACGAAGAUGACGAUGGGCUCGAAGUCGAAGAAGACCUCGCCCAAGAGCAUGACCCCAUUCAUAUGGAUAUCUCAGCGACUACGUUUUCCUCUUAUGACUAUCAAUCUAUCGCCAACCACAUGGCAUUCGCGACACCCUCCGAGGUUGACCCUCUUGCCUACAAAUACCUCGCCACGCUGAGCCAGCUCAAUAGUGCGUAUUACCCAGAUUGCCAAUAUGGCUAUGGAUGGAUAUGA